UGCCGGCCGUGUCAGCCCCGCCGCUGGUAUUUCAGUAAUGCGGGGCCGUUCGCUCUCACUGCCAAAGCCAAGCUACGAGCAGMGAGUCUUUGCUCCACUUUUCCUCGCUCCGUGCCUCCGCUCCACCCCGUCCGUGCUCCCCGCGCCGCUGAGAUCAGCUUCCUGCUUUUCGUUUACCUCGGAACAGCGCUGUUACUCCUCCCUUGAAAGAGUUAUUUUCAUCGGUCUGGAGCUGAUUUCUGCGUGUGUCUGCGGGCUGUGUUUGUGACUGGCAGGCUGGAGAAGCGGUGUGGCGGUGGUCGCGGUGUGGCUGGAGGCAGGAUGGCAGAGCGCUGCGCCGAAAACACCGCUGUGCCAGCGCUGUGACCGGGAAAGCAGCGAGGUCACAGUAAUGAAAGGCAGUAGUAGAAAUAAGGAUCAUUCAACAGACGGUGAAGGAACUGGGAAGCGACCAAAAAGGAAGUGUCUUCAGUGGCAUCCCCUCCUUGCCAAGAAACUCCUUGACUUCUCUGAAGAGGAAGAAGAGGAAGAAGAAGAGGAAGAUAUUGAUAAGGUGCCGCUCCUUGGCCCUGAUGGUUUAGAGCAGGAUGCUGAUGAGACUGAAGAUGACGAGUCCUCAGAGCAACGAGCUCGCCGACCAAUGAAUGCAUUUCUCUUGUUCUGCAAACGGCACCGCUCUCUUGUGCGGAAAGAACACCCUCGCCUCGAUAAUCGUGGCGCAACCAAGAUCUUGGCAGAUUGGUGGUCUGUUCUAGAUCCAAAAGAAAAACAGAAAUACACUGACAUGGCCAAGGAGUACAAGGAUGCAUUUAUGAAAGCAAACCCAGGGUACAAGUGGUGCCCCACAACCAACAAACCUGUGAAAACCCAGGCAUCCAGUGUUACRAGCAGGAAAAAGCUAUGGGCCAUUGCAUCAGACUCUGCAAAAGACUUACCGAGCCCAAGGAAAGUMACCAAAAGUGAAGAAAUGCCACAACUUAACUUUGGGAUGGCAGAUCCUACACAAAUGGGAGGCCUGAGUAUGCUGCUUCUAGCAGGGGAACAUGCACUUACUGCACAAGAGGUUUCCUCCAGUACUUGCCAGUCUGAUGCAACUAAUUCUACAGAAGCCUGUCAGAAGUCAUCAUUGUUUCAGUUUGCAGAGAUCUCUUCAAACACCUCGACGUCGCAGCCUGGAGUCCUGGGGGCAGUAAAACAAACGGAGGAGUCUGCAUUGUUUCAGUUUGCUGAGAUCUCAUCAAAUACUUCCCAGUUGCCAAGUCCMGAGCCAGUAAAGCACUGUGGGAAGUCGGCACUCUUCCAAUUGGCAGAGAUUUCUUCAAGUACAUCCCGUUCAGGGCCUUCUGAUUUAACGAAACAGUGUGGAACAUCAGCAUUAUUUCAGCUGGCAGAGAUGUGCCUUGCUUCAGAAGGAGUAAAAGUGAAAGAACCUGGGAAAACAAAAGUGGAAACAGUGGAAGAUGAUGGAGGCGAUGUUUCAGAGGACAUGGAACUAGAACUGGAGAAAACAACAGUAAAAGACUCCAGUAAAGGACAAGUAGAACAAUCAGAGAUAGAAAAAAUGCAAAACCCAGAUGAAACAAAAACUGAGGAAUCAGAAACUGCAAAAUGCAGAGAUUUCACUAGUCUUGCAAUGGAACACAGUCCUUUUGAGAGAAAGGAUAACACAAAGGAUCACAUGUGCCGUUCUCCAGAGCUUUUCAUGGGUGACAUGACUAUCCUUGGGCUAAAGCCGGAAAAGAUAAAGAAGAAAAAGAAAAAAAACAAGUUGGACCGGCACACAAAUGAAAAAUCCACCCCCAAGAAAUCUUGUAAAAAGAGGCAGUCCUCCGAGUCGGACAUUGAAAGUGUAAUGUACACAAUUGAAGCCGUGGCCAAGGGGGACUGGGGGGCUGAGAGACUCAUGGAUACUCCCCGCAAAAAAAACCGCCCUGUCUCAAAUGUGAAGGGAAGCAUGUUGGAUACAAAAUCACCAAAGAAAAAAGUGAAAUCGAAAGAUAAGAAAACAUCAAAGGAGAAACCGAUGGAGACCACCAAAGAAUCAAAGCCUCCCGAUUUCCUUAGUAUUGGAGCCAGCAAAGAAGUACCRUGUGAGGCUUCUGAUAACAUUAAAGUGGAACCACUGACCCCAACAGAGGAGGUGGUACCCCAAAACUUACCAGAACAGGUCAAAACUGAGGACAGUGACUGUGUUAAAAAGAUAGAAACCUGUGGCUCCAGGAAAUCGGAGAGAUCUUGCAAAGGUGCUCUUUAUAAAACUCUGGUGUCAGAGGGCAUGCUCACAUCUCUGCGCGCUAAUGUGGACAGAGGAAAAAGAAGCUCAGGAAAAGGCAACUCCUCAGAUCAUGAAGGAUGCUGGAAUGAAGAAAUCUGGGCCUUUUCCCCAAGUGGGACAAGUGGGAACAAAAAACUGAAAAAGACUAAGCCAAAGGAAGAGUUUGUUUUUGGCUUAGCAAAAUUGGAAGAAGAAUUUGCAAAGAAAUUCAACAGCCUCCCUCAAUACAGUCCUAUUACCUUUGACAGGAAAAAUUCAGCUGUUUCGAGGAAAAAGCGAAAGGUUGGAAGCGGCUCAUGUGAACUACCAAAAUCCAACAAAGGUUCAUUCCAGUCUCAGGAAAAGAACUUAUUCCACAAAAUUGUCAGCAAAUUUAAGCACAGAAAGAAGCUUAAUGUUCCGGACACAGCCAUACUAUUAGAAGACAGAAAUUCCAGUGAGUCUGCCUGGAAGAAUAAAAUUUCUAUAUCUGCCCUAAACACUCCAGAGCCAGCAAUGAUGCAUGAGCCUUUAGUUGGCAGCCAGAAAAGGAAAGCAAGGAAAACUAAGAUCACACAUCUUGUCCGAACAGCAGAUGGGCGAGUGUCACCAGCAGCAGGGACACUGGAGGAGAAGCCAAAAGAGCUGCCACAAAGCACUCUUCAAAAAUCAUCAAGGUCAGAAAAGGAUUGCAACAGUGAAUGCUCCAGAAACACAGAGACAGAAGAAAAUCAUAGUAUUACGUCAGACAUGCCAGCGGUGUCUGCAUUUUUUAGCUUAGCUGCUCUGGCGGAAGUAGCAGCCAUGGAAAAUGUACACAGAAGUCAGAGGGCCACACCUCUCCCACAUGAUGGACAGCCAAAUGAAAUGUCUCAGGCUCCAGUGCUUAUUUCCUGCGCUGACCAGUGAAGCUCCACUUUAUUGUAAAACAUUGUGCUUUACCUAAUAUCCUAGCCUUGUCUUUACCAAGGGAAGCUAGUCAGUCCAUAUGAUGGAACUAGAGACUGCAAUAAAGUGCUUAUUGGUCUGAGUGGCCCAGAAUUCACUGGAAGCCAGACAUUAGCAACUUGGGCCAGGUCCUCAAAUUGGAACCCAGUGUGUAGGAGGGUGAUAUUGUCUAUUAAUGAACUGAAAUGGAGUGGAAUGAUCCCAGAGCUUGCUUUCUAUUGAAGGCCUUUAAACAGUAAAUAGGUGGUUGGUGUGAAAAAGGCUGCCUUUACUGUUAGCUCACACAGCAUCUCUUUUACCAACCAGAGAGUACAACAACUAGUUUCAUAUAAUAUCUAGUUAUUCUAAAUGAAAAUGAAAAAAAAAACCCAACAAAAACACUGACGCACUGCACUAGUUACUAUUAGAUAUUCUUAGUCAUUUUUGUACAUGAAGAUUUAAGUUCUAAGAUGGUUUAUAUUAAUAGGUUAUGCCUACGUUUAUAUUGUAGAAUGAAUUUAAAACCUGUUCCAGAGAACUCAAGGCAGCCUGGACAGAUGUACCAUUGUUAGCGGUGUUUGGGCAGCCACGUGGUCCAGAUGUUCUGCACUUUUAUAUUUGCCACCAGAGUGGUAGAGUUUACUGGGAAAAGUUCUGACAGGCUACGUUUGGGGUUGUUUCUUUUUAAUUUAGCUUUGAAUAACCAGGAUGAUGUGCAUUAGAAAAAGGAGUGGUGUAUGGAAAAAGAAAAUACUGCAGAUAACUGACUUGUCUUUCAUGCCUUGGAGGGUUCCUUUAUUUUUGCAUAGUUAUCUGAGCGACUUGGUGAAACUUUCCUGUAAACAAAAAUUACUGCAAAUGCGUUUUUCAAAAGUGACCUUAGUAUUAUUUCACAGUUCUGAAAAACUUAAAACCAUGACUUUUCGAUAUAGUGUACACCAAUACACAUACCUUUUACAUUUUACAGACACUGGCAUUGUUGUAGUUACUAUGCACAGUCCAAAUCAGCUUCAGARUUUGCAUAAAGGGCCAAUUACAGUUGGUGUUGGUGAAGUGGAAAGCUGUAUACAGUUAAACUACAACUGAAGAGUAGCGUUUGACUGAAUUCAGACUACCAAACAGAUCCAUCUGCCAGUUUCUGUCUCUGCUUGCRUUGAAUUUUUGUGUUUUGCUCUCAUAAAUACAUCCCAAAAGCAGGCCAAGUGUAUCACUUGGCCUGUUAUAUUCACUAUCUUGACUAUUGUAUAACUAAGCAUUGAUUCCUACCAAUAGAUGCAAAAUGAUCACUAGUAAUUGAUCUAAAGCUACAAAUUCAACAGGGUACUUCUAUAGCACAAGAUGUUUCCCUACUUUUUGCAUUGUAGCACAACAAUUUACCAAAUUGGACUCCAGCAAUAAUUUUCUAUUAGUCUUCGUCAUACCGGCUGAACUUUUGAUAGUAUUAGGUUGGGUUUGAAGUUCUUUGAAUUAAGUCUUUAAAUGAUGUGAGUUUACAUCAUUCUAUCAGGCAUUCUUAUUUAUACUUGACUGAAUUGAUAAUGUGUUUUGGGGUUAUUUUGUAACUAAUUUGAUGUAAUAGCCAUAUUGACAGUAACUCUAUUAAUGCUUGCUAGGUUUAGCCUUUCAUUGUUGUAGUUAAGUGAAAGUCUCUGGUUCAGUGUCAGGAACAAUAUACAAUGUACCACACGAGUUUUAAGAAAGGAUUAAAGGUCUGACAGAAGGCAGGUAGCUGGGGAAGUGUCACUGAAACAGCACCAUUGAGGAUGCAUGUGUUGGAAGAAGGGAACAACAGAAGAACAACAAAAUUCACAAACCAAUGMGUCACUGAAAAGGCUUUUUUAAAAAUUCAGGUGGAUAAAUGUCUAAGAGCCCCUAGAAUGCCAUUGCAACCUAUGGUGGUAUUUUAAAUAAGAUUUUAUUAAAUUUUUAUAAGUUAUUUUAACAAGACAGGAAAAACUUAAAAGACUUAAAACUUGUGGGUCACAGCAGGGUGGCUAUUGGAGUUUUGGACCACUUUAUAAUUAGCUGAAAUCCAAAUAUGUUACAGUGCAGGCCGUUCACGUUGACAAUGGUACUAACUUAUUUCUCUAGAAACCUUUAGAGUAGAUAUAUUUUUGUCAAAGCACCCCAUCCUUCCUCAAUUUAAAUUUCAAUAUUGUUCCUGGACAUAUUUCUGUAUAUUAAUGGUACCUUUUUUAAAAGAAACAGAAAAUUACUUUUUUCUAUAUGAAUUAAUAUCUUACUUGAUCUGCUUUUCCUUGACUUUCCCUUAGAGAGGGGGUAGGGUUGGGUCAGUUUACUGGAUAUGACUGUUUUCAGAUACUUAUAAACCUUUUUGUAGAUAUGCUUAAUUUUUAAGCGAUUAGGCACUGAGAGUAGCAGAAAUCCUGCAAAGCUUUAUAGUUCACUAGGCAUUUGCCUUUGUUGGUUCUCUGAGUGAUGUCUUGAUUUGAGUAGUUAGAAUUUUCCCUGAAUCUACUAGAAAGGGGUAUCAGUAUUUUCAGGUAACAAAGUCUGUUAGCACAACAAAAACUUCAGACCAAUAUYUUACUGUAUUGGGGUUGGGUUUUUUCCUUGUUUGUUUUGUUUUAAUUUUUAUUAAUUUCAGCUGCUUUCAUUUUGGAAAAUCUUAUUGCUAUUGUGUGUACUUCAGUAUACCAGCAAACACUGUUACCUGUUAACACGUUGUCCACGAAUGCCUCUAGAAAAGAAAUUGUUGCACCUUAUGUAUAUCUCAAGCAAACCAAAAUAUGAUGCUUUCCUGCUUUGUUUAUUCUGAAUAUUUUGUAUCAUACUUUACUGAACGCAUUUUAACUUAGCUAAAGCUAUCAAUAUUUAUGCAUUUCACAUUAUUUUCUGGAUCUGAACCUGUGUAUAAAUCUUUCUUUAAAAAAAAAGACAAGCAUUUACUGUAGUUGUCCUCUGUGACUUAUCCACGGGAGGGGGGAAUCUUGUCUCAAGUGUAAAAUGCAGUACUGUCCCAGUUUUCCUUGGCUUUUAUUUAUUUAGUCAUCUUUGAUGUUUCAUAGUUCUGAAGUAUACAAAAUGCAUUGUCGUAGCCAAAGCUACAAAUCUAAGCAGCUGGGAGAAAAUUACUGUAAUGUCUUCUUAAUUGUUCUAGUACUGUAUACAAAUAUGGGAAAAAUGUUCUGCAGAACAUUUGAGAUGCAGAUUCUUAUCCCGACRGUAGGCUAUUUUCCAGGUAUUAGACCAAAUCAMUYAAAACU